AUGGCCCAAGCAAGCCAAACUGCCUCAGCAACAGACCCGCCGAUCCUCAAAACAACAGCCAAACAACCACCAACUUCCAUCCCCCACCGAACAACCCUAACACUCGACACUCUCCUAGCCGUCCUCUCCAAGUCCCUCCUAAACCCCUUCAUAGCAUGGAUCCUCGUCCUCUGCCUGCGCGCCCAGGUCACGCCCCAAACAGACCCCGCCUGGAUCCUGACUGUCAGCUACGCAUGUGUGCUCACAGCGGUGUUCAUCGCCCGCGGUAUUAACGGGCGCAUUGCGGAUGGCGUUCCCAGGGCUGUAGAUCUCACAUGUGAGGUUGUGGUUGUUACGGGUGGUGCUAGUGGGCUUGGGCUGUUGAUUGCGCAAAAUUAUGCGAUGCGCGGAGCUAAGGUUGCUGUGCUUGAUAUUCGGGAGUAUGGGGAGGAGGAGCUGGAGGAGGUUUUCGGGGAGGGGGUUUUGUAUUGUGCUGUUGAUGUUGCGGAGCGGGGACUAGUGGAGAGUGCUAGGGAGAGGAUUGGUAAGGAGCUAGGAACGCCGACUAUCAUUAUCAAUUGUGCCGCUGCGAGGAUCAACGGCCUUCCGCUGCUUGAUUUGCCCGCUGAGGCAUUCGAAAAGACUAUCCGCACUAAUCUCCUCGCGGCGUUUCACCUCUACCAGGUUUUCUUGCCUGGUAUCAUUACCGCUGGGAAUGGAGGGACGCUCGUGACGGUCAGCUCGGUGUUGGGCCAGUUGACUGCCGCAGGGCUGUCUGACUACGCGGCGAGUAAAGCUGGACUGAGCGCGCUGCACCGGACGAUCGAGGCGGAGGUUCGGGGCAACCCGCUGAUCAAGACAUUGUUGGUAGAGGUUGGACAGAUGUCAACGCCGCUGUUUGACUGGGUUCAGGCGCCGAACUCCUUCUUCGCGCCGGUGUUGGAACCCGUCGCAGUUGCCCGCGAGAUGGUUGCCGCGAUUGAUAGUGGUCGAGGUGGGGUCAUCAGAUUGCCUGCUUAUGCAACACUCGUAAAUUGGUAUGCCGUGUUACCCGCUGCGGUGCAACGGAUUGCGAGGUACCUGAGUGGGAUAGACGCUGCUGUUACUUCAAGUCGGCAGGCAUCUCAGAAGGCAGACUGA